GCCGCAGAAAUUGAACUGGCUGCAGGACUGAAAGAGGCUGGCAGGAGAUUUUUUAAAUGGGAUCAAAUUAUUGGCUUUAGAUUUAUGUUUGAGUCUCUUGCCUUGUACGAGGGCGUUAGGGGGAGAGCAUCUUCCCAGGGAGCCUUGUUUCCACAGCCUUCCAUCCAUAAGGCUGCGUCACUGUAAUCAGAGUUGAGGAGAGGAAGAUGUCGAUAGUGAAUAUUGUUGCCAGGGAGAUCCUGGAUUCCAGAGGAAACCCCACAGUGGAGGUGGAUCUGCAUACGUCCAAAGGUGUGUUCAGGGCAGCGGUUCCCAGUGGGGCAUCAACUGGCAUCUACGAAGCUCUGGAGCUCCGGGAUGGGGACAAGACUCGCUACAAGGGCAAAGGUGUGACCAAGGCUGUUGCUCACAUUAACGACACCCUUGGGCCUGCUCUCACCGAGUCUGGAGUCAGUGUACUAGAGCAGGAGAAACUGGACAGCAUGAUGAUUGAAAUGGACGGCACUGACAACAAAUCCAAGUUCGGGGCCAAUUCUAUUCUUGGAAUAUCGUUGGCUAUAUGCAAAGCUGGAGCGGCAGAGAAAGGAGUCCCCUUGUAUCGUCACAUCGCCGAUCUGGCUGGAAACGGAGAUCUGGUCCUCCCAGUUCCAGCUUUUAAUGUAAUCAAUGGGGGCUCUCAUGCUGGGAACAGACUGGCUAUGCAGGAAUUCAUGGUCCUCCCAGUGGGCGCAGAGUCUUUCCGUGAUGCUCUGCGUGUCGGGGCUGAGCUCUACCAAACCCUGAGAAAUGUCAUCAAGGAGAAAUACGGUCAAGAUGCUACUAAUGUGGGAGAUGAAGGAGGGUUUGCUCCUAAUAUACAAGAAAACAGUGAAGCUCUGGAGCUGAUAAAAACAGCCAUAGAGAAAGCGGGCUUCACUGAUAAAGUGGUGAUAGGGAUGGAUGUUGCUGCUUCUGAAUUUUUCAGUGAGGGGAAAUAUGACCUGGACUUCAAGUCUCCACCCAAUGCUGCCCGCAACAUCAGCGCAGAAGAGCUGGCCGACAUCUACCAGGGCUUCAUUAACAACUACCCAGUUGUGUCUAUUGAAGAUCCCUUUGAUCAAGACGACUGGCCAGCUUGGUCACAGUUCACAUCUUCAGUGGGCAUCCAGGUGGUCGGAGAUGAUCUGACUGUGACGAACCCACGCAGGAUACAGCGAGCCGUGGAGGACAAGGCCUGCAACUGCCUGUUGCUCAAAGUCAACCAGAUUGGAUCUGUGACGGAGGCCAUCAAAGCGUGUAAGCUGGCCCAGGAAAACGGCUGGGGGGUGAUGGUGAGCCAUCGCUCAGGAGAAACAGAGGACACUUUUAUAGCUGACCUGGUGGUCGGCCUUUGUACCGGACAGAUCAAGACUGGAGCUCCGUGUCGAUCUGAGCGUCUAGCUAAAUACAAUCAGCUCAUGAGGAUUGAGGAAGAGUUAGGUGAACAGGCACGCUAUGCUGGGCACAACUUCCGCAACCCCAGUGUCCUCUGAGUCCCGCCGACCGAAAACAUGAAAACAAUGUUAAAUGUCCCACACAGGUAAUUAAUUGUGUCAGCGAAGCCCAAAACACACAGAGACACACUUUAAAAUACAUAAAAUGCACAUAAAAUAUUAGAUCUGAAGAGGCAAAGUGACACGUCUGGUGUAGGUUUUCUGUGAUUCCUCUUGUUGUGGUCUUUUCACUCACUGCCAACAUGUUCGAAUCUCUUGUGUCCAGCUGCUUUGUCUCAUCCCUGGUCCGUUGUUGUUUCUUUGUCAAACUGAAUAAAGAGAUGAAAAAAUGUAA